AAAUCUACAGUAUUUAAUUUUAAUUAUGCUUUCUUCAAUACUCCUAACUUAUAUUAAGUAUUUAAAAAUUUUUACUUCAUUUUGCGCAUUUUGGCCUUUUCUUUCUUACCGAGAGUCAGUUGCUCUCCGAAUAUUAUAUGCUAUAUUUUUAAUCUCAUUAGUUAUACCUUGGGUAAUACAUGUUUACAGUGUGAGAAACGACAUUGAAGGAAUUUGUGACAGCCUAUCUUUGGGUCUUCUUAUCCCAUUAGGAAUAAUGAACUUCAUUUAUAUAGUUAAACAUGAAAAAGUGUUACAAAAAAUUCUUAAUCAUAUGUCUCAAGAUUUUUACAAUGUAUCAGAAAACAAACAGGAACUUAAAAUUUUAAAAGAAUCCUCAGAUCUAACACGAUUAUUUACUAUUGUAUAUUUAAGUUAUACAUUAUCGACAACGCUAUCCUACUUGGUAGUUACAUGCACGCCAUUAGUUCUAAAUAAAAUCAAGCCAUUAAAUGUCUCACGUAGCAUACCAAUUCUUAUAGAAUUAGAUUAUUACUUUUUUGACAAAAAAGAUUAUUUUUUUUGGACCACUGUUCAUCUAUAUAUUACGGGGUCAUAUGGUGUAUUUACAGUAAUAUGCUGUGAUUUACUCCUUUUCGCUUUUGCUCAACAUGCUUGUGGAAUGUUUAAAGUAUUAAGAUAUAAAUUAAAAGUAAUUAUGAACCAUGAAGACACACCAGAAUUGUCGCUCACUACAUCUGAAAUGUAUAAGAAGGCUUGCUCCUGUGUGAUAACACACAAUAGAAUACUUGAGUUAGUUAAUGAUGUCAACGAAGUUUUUUCAUUUUGUUUAUUAUUCUCAUUUGGAGUUGUAAUAUUGUUAGUGGCUAUUCAUGGUAGUGUGGUUAUCUUAAAACUGCAUGACGUUCGUUUUGUUUUAAAAGAAUGUAUUACUGGGUUUGGUCAAGUGUUUCACUUAUUUUUGUUGUGUUUCGUUGGAGAAUUGGUAAACAAUCACAGUAGUAAUCUAAAUAAUUAUAUAUAUGAUUUUGAAUGGGUUGACUCGUCGCCAGAAAUAAAAAAAUUAAUAUGCAUAAUGCUAAAUCGAAGUUACAGUAACUGUAGUUUAUGUGUAGGUAAAACAUUUGUUUUAUCUUUCGAUUUUUUUACCACGAUUAUGAAAACAAUAUUUUCUUAUUUGAAUGUUUUGAAUUCUCAACGAUGAAUUAUAAAAAUAAUAAUAAACUUCAGUAAAACCAUUGGAUGAUAUAAAAAUAUAAUCUUCAACACUUUAAAAUGAUUAAGGAGAGGUUAUUCGAGCAAAAGAUUUUUUUAUUGGUCUGUGUUUAUUAUUUAUUUCCGUUUAUUAAAAAUUUACAUUUUAACACUUAAAUAAACUUAAGAAUCACAAUCUGUAUAAAUGUUAUAAU